UCAAUGUGACCGAAUGCGCGAGGCAGGCAACGGCUGCGUGUAUUGAAUUGAAGGGAUUAACGAGCAGAACCGUUAAUGAUAGUUGAAGAAGGAACACAUUUUAAACAGAAACAACGACCUGACAGUACAUUUACAGUAGGCGACGUUACAUGUCUCUUAGCUGUGUUUUCGUAUGCCUGGGUACCGUUGACUCUCGGCUGAGCGCAGGCGAUGACGUUGGGAAGAGGAGUGGUUUUAAUGUGCCGACCCCCACGUGUUGUUAAGCGAGGGAUGAUGAUUAAAGUAGAGCGGCUUGGCCAUGGAGCCGUUUACAGCAGAAUAGCGAGCAGAUCGGACUGAAACCGCCCGAGCCCAAAAUAGCUUCGCCGUUUGUUUAUAUUUUUCGAAAGAGGGACCUUGCAGCUAAAUCGUAUUGGUACAGGCAGUCAGAUUUUAUGUAUUUAUUUUUCUCACCACUGAUGGACGAACAAUGGAGAGGCUGUCAGCAGAAGUUUCUGGUGGCCCUCCUCUUUUUUCCUGCGGUAGAUCAUUGUUUUUGAUGCUGUUGUUGUGUAGGAGGGCAGGGACGGACCGGAUCUUUUUGGAUUUCUGCUAGAAAACACCGAGAACACCAGCGGUACUGUUAGUCGCUAUCUUUUUCCCCCAGCGGUUCCGCGCAGCAGAUGUUCUCGGUGCUGUCAUCCCGGCGAUAUUAUGGUGAAAUUCCCAGCGCUCACGCAUUACUGGCCUCUCAUCCGCUUUUUGGUCCCUUUGGCAAUCACCAACAUUGCCAUCGACCUCGGAGAACAGGCCCUUAACAGAGGAAUCGCAGCGGUUAAGGAGGAUGCAGUGGAAAUGCUGGCCAGCUACGGGCUGGCCUACUCCCUGAUGAAGUUCUUCACCGGGCCCAUGAGCGACUUUAAAAACGUGGGCCUGGUGUUCGUCAACAGCAAGCGGGACCGCACCAAGGCCGUGCUCUGUAUGGUCGCCGCGGGAACCGUGGCCAUCAUCUUCCACACCCUCAUUGCAUACACCGAUCUGGGGUACUACAUCAUCAACAAGCUUCACCAUGUUGACGACUCGGUGGGCAACAAGACCAGGAAGGCCUUCCUCUACCUGGCAGCAUUCCCGUUACUGGAUGCCAUGGCCUGGACACACGCUGGCAUCCUCCUGAAACACAAACACAGCUUUCUUGUCGGUUGUGCUUCUAUCUCUGAUGUCAUAGCUCAGAUUGUGUUCGUGGCCAUCUUGCUCCACAGUCACCUGGAGUGUCUGGAGCCCCUGCUGAUCCCCAUCCUGUCCCUCUACAUGGGGGCCCUGGUGCGCUUCACCAUCGUGGGCCUGGGGUACUACCGCAACAUCCACGACACCAUCCCCGACUCCAGCGGGCCAGAAGUGGGGGGUGACGCCACCAUCAAGAAGAUGCUGAGCUUCUGGUGGCCCCUGGCCCUCAUUCUGGCGACCCAGCGUAUCAGCCGGCCAAUCGUCAACCUCUUCGUGUCCCGGGACCUGAAGGGCAGUAUGGCCGCCACAGAGGCUGUGGCGGUCCUGACCGCGACCUACCCGGUGGGCCACAUGCCCUAUGGCUGGCUGACGGAGCUGCGGGCGGUCUACCCCGCCUUCGACAAGAACAACCCCAGUAAUAAGCUGGUUAACAGCGGUACCACGGUAACCAAGGCACACAUCAAGAAGUUCACUUUCGUCUGUCUGGCACUUUCCAUCACGCUGUGCUUCGUGGUGUUCUGGACCCCUCACAUCUCGGAGAAGAUCCUGGUGGACAUCAUCGGGGUGAACCACGCCUUCGCCGAACGCUGCGUAGCGCCCCUGCGCAUCUUCUCCUUCUUCCCCCUGCCAGUGACCAUCCGGGCUCACCUGACGGGGUGGCUGAUGACGCUGAAGAAGACCUUCGUCCUGGCUCCCAGCUCCGUGCUGCGCAUCAUCGUCCUCAUCACCAGCCUCAUCGUGCUGCCGUACAUGGGGGUCCAUGGAGCCACUUUGGGUGUGGGGUCUCUACUGGCUGGUUUCCUGGGAGAGUCCACCAUGGUGGCCAUAGCUGCCUGCUACGUCUAUCGGAAACAGAAGAAAAAGAAAGAAGCGGAAGGUGAAGCCACGGCAGAGCACGAAGACUCCGCCCCCAUGAACGAAGUGCGGUGCGGGAGCCAGCUGGAUGACAUCGUGGAGCUGCGGGAGGAAGAGGACGAGUGAAGAGGGCCUCAGGACAGGACGAGAGAGAGAGAGAAGAGAGGAGCGCGCUCCUUCUGCUUACUGGAACGCUUCGAAUCCUUUUUUGCGGCCGCCUGUCGACACUCCCCCGACCCCUCUGCUACCCCACCCCACCCCCACCCGUGACCCGUGAUGUUAGCUGUGCUCCCAAUUCACCUUUCAGACAAAUACCAACACCCGUCAGAGGAUCAAGAGGGGCCCUGCAUGAGCAUACAAUGGGCACAUGGCAGAUGUGUGCUGCAAAACACCAUCUUUAAUCAUACAAUUAUACAUAUUAUACAUUAUAUCACGCACACACGUGCACACACACACACACACACACACACGCACACACACAGUCUUCCAGCUCUCAUCUGGUUGCUGCCGAUGCAGGACAGUUUAAGGCGCCGAUUCGUACCAAAGCAACGUCGCGCAUCGACUACUUCCUCCUGUCCGCUUCACCUUUUAUCCUGCUACCGUCCUUCUCAUUCAUCAACUUAAAAAAAAGAGGAAAUUUACUAGAACUUUUUCAUUGCUUUGAAACUGCUGACUUUUUCAUUUGAAUGUACCAAGGACAACGGUAAGAGAGAGAGAGAGAGAGAGACACCAGGCUUUCUACGGACGUGCCGUAGUGCUCGCUUCGACCAGCGACGCGUUUUUAUUGGUGCCGAAAGACACGCUUUUUGCUUUUAAAUUGUCUCCAGGACAGUUGAUAAAAAAUACAAAAAAAAAAAAGAGUAGCUAUAUCUACAGACUUCUAUUUAAGUUGACUAUCACGUAGAGAUAAGUGUUUUCAUGACGUGCGAGUGUCGGUUGGUGCUUUAGUAGUGCCAUUUAAAGGAAUUAUUUUUUUAUCGCAUUGUGUUGUAGGUGUACGAAUAUCGGUACCAGUUUAUUUUGUAUGGGUGACAUACUGUAUUAUCUAAAUGGCAGAGAAGGGGACUCGCGUUGGGCGGCGGAGGAAGGCCGCGCACUAUUUUUAACGUCUGUCGCUGCGACCCGGGCAUUUCUCUUUUCUGAUCUCAGGAUGUACCUCCGUGACUCAUGGGGGUGUCCAUCUGUCGUUCACCUCCUCUCAUUCAUUGGAAACCCAGCCCACGGUUCCAGCUCUGUCAUGCACAAGUAUUGGAAGGGGUCCUGAGCUUCUGUCAUUCUUACAGGUUGUGCUGAGCAGCCUGAGUCUCGCCAAGGGAAAUUUUGUAUUGUGAAAUGACUGCUGAACACGGCCACCAAACCCCCCCCCCCCCCGGCCGGGAAACGUGACUUCUGGUGUUCCUGUCUAUGAAAAACAAAGGGACAGAGUCUAAAGUAUUCUUCAGUGAUUAAAGGGUGAUUCAAUGGUUCAAA